AUGCUUGAUUGCAUUGGAUAUGCACAUGAAGGCUAUAAGAUCUCUAAUGAUGGAGUUGGAUUGUUCGGCUAGUAGGAUCAAGCCUAUUAAGUUAGCAAAUUUAGACAGCAGGACAUUAUAUAUGUUAACAAAGACAGAGAAUAAGGACUAAAGGAGCUAAGUUAAAUAGGCAGAAAGAUUUAAUUGAGCUAUACUAUACUGAUGCUUGCUUUCGCCAUAGCAGUUUUUACUUAUGUUUAAUACAUCGUCUACAGCUAUGCUAAUGAAUGCAAAGCAAGGACUCCUGUUUUAUACGUUUGGCUCAUUUGCGAAAUUAUCAUAUUCUACACAUCUUUGUGUCUAUUUUUAACUUUUGGAUCAUAUUAUGCAUGGAGGAGUAGCUCUUAACUCUAAAGUAAACUUUAAAAGUACAGAAAUAGAGCAGCAGAUAAGAGAGAUAGGCUAGAAUUUCUUUGA